CAAAUUAUAGUCUGUACCUAUAUAUAUAUCUCAAAAGUCCCUUUGCUUAACCAAAGCUGUUGACGGGCAAAAUAUCAUCGAGGUCCAGGUCCAGGCCAGCGGGGAUUCGAGCCUUUGACCACGGGCAACACCAUGACCUCAAAUCUACCACUAUUAUAGCUAGGGUAGACGAACGAAGUCGAUUUACUUUCUCAAACCUCUCGGCGUUCCUGCUCUUGCCCUUUCAGGGGAAGGGGCAAUUCGUUCAAAUUCCCUGUAGAGGGUUUGAUUUCUUGUUUAUGGAACACAAUUGAGACGCCAUUGCUGAUGUUAUGACCAUUAAAGAUAAAGACUUUCUGGGGAGUAAGAAGGUCUUCCUUUGUAGCAGCUGAAAAUUGAAGGCGGAUGGAGUCGAGGAACGAGCCUGUGGAUGACCAGGGAGCUCCCGAUUCGUGGGAGCUGGCCGAUUUGGAUGACAGUAUGCAACGAUUGUUGCUCUCUUCCAAGACUUGCGCAAGCCAGCAGGCCGAUGCGUGUACGGCACUCGAGGAAAGUAAUGAUAAUGACAUCAACAAUAAUGUUAGUAACGGCGUAAAGGAUUCCGACCUUGAGGAGCGCAUAAAUCAGGUGGAUCUUUUUCUCAGAGAAGCAAUUCAGAACCCCCGGGAGCGUUUAUCCGUUCUACGAAUUGAACAAGAUGUUGAAAGGUUCGUUCAAAAUCCACGGCAGCAACAGCUUGAAUUUUCCCAAUUACCUACCUCCUACCUUAGACUUGCAGCUCAUCGUCUUGCUCAACAUUAUGGUCUGCAGUCAAUGGUGGUUACAGACAGUAUUUCUUUGGAUAUGUCUGGGACUAAGAUAAUUGUACUUAAGACUAAAGAGACUAGGUAUCCACCUAUUAGACUAGCCGAUAUUCCAGUAAAUCUGCCACAGGAUGAAAAGAUCAGUUCUGUCAAGGUUGCAAUUAAACAGAGGCCACAGAAAAAUUCUCAUAGUGGUGGUAAUGCUGGUAUGCAUUCCUCAAAAUUGAAUCAUUCUAAAAGUGUCGAGGAAAGGAAAGAGGAGUACAAUAAAGCUCGUGCGAGGAUCUUUAGCGUGAAUAGUCCUAACAUGGCGAGUAAAUCUGCUGAGGAGGAGUCAGCUACAUUUGAUAAUUGGCAAUGCUGCUCAAUGGUUACCUUGAAAAGUGAGGAGAAACCUAGUUUGGAUGACUUACGAAGUAAUCAUGUGAAAGGUCCAUCUGACUGCCCAGCUGGAAAUGGUAGGAUAAACAAAUUGAAAGGGGAGAGGGAGUCUGUUAGCAAGGUAAAGACGAACAAUAGGGUUGCAAUUUUCCGUGACAGGGAGACAGAUCGCAAGGAUCCUGAUUAUGAUCGCAAUUCUGAUAGGUACACUCAAAGGUUUGAUCCUGGCUUUGGUUUUAAUAUGGGACCAUAUAGUAUGCAAGCUAUGUAUGCUCCCGCUGUUAAUUAUAACACUGAAUUUCCUCAGCUUGGAGCACCUCACAGGGCUCAAAUGCCCAUGGAACCUCCCCCUCGGCCUCUUCCACAACACAUUCGUAGCCCUUGGCUAGGUUCAACUAGUACAAUGGGCUAUGGUGCCCUGGAUACUAUGAUGGGUCCAUUCAAUCCAAAUCACAUGGGUGCACCUUCUGCAUCUGCUGUGUAUAUGCAUUCUUCUCAAUUUGGUUGCCCUCCAGCUAUGGUCUAUGUCCGUCCGAAUGAAUGCAUUCAACCUUCCUUUUCACAUCCUUCCCUUCAGCAGCAGCCUGAAGCAAGUUUUGGACAAGCCCGGCCCCGCUAAGGGGCACGGGCCAUGCCUGCACCUGCCAGCCAAGCAUAGAGAGGUCAACUUUGGUUUUAGUUGAUUUUGACAUGAUAUCUACAAGGAUAUGAGUUUUAUAAGUGGCUGGCAGGGUAAAUGCAGGCAAACACUGAGGGUGGAUGGAUUAUGCAUUGCACCAAAUUCUGGUUCACAUAUGGUGGUAAGACCAGAGCUCAACAGGAAAUCCAUCAUCCUCAGUUGACAUUGUACUUGUGCUGACAUGAAUUUGGGGGAUUACAAAAGAGCAUGAAUAUCAAUGGGCUUCCAACUGUAGUGUGUAGAAGUUCUUGAUGCACUCCUUGGUGGAAGAAACAUGACCAGAAGCUUGUAAAUUGGAUGCUUCUUCAAAAUCACGUGUGAUACCCUUGGAGAACUCUUUCACUUUUGUUACCUGAUUGAAGAAAACUUUGUCAACAAAGGAAAAAUGAAAAUGAGUAGACCUGACCUGCCCAACGUGCUGGCAAACUAGCUAAGUGCCCUUUGUCUUUUUUUGGUCACUCAAUGCAAAUGUGAGAGCUGUGGUGUGGUCCCCGAUAUUACUAAAUUGGUUUUAUUGGAAAAUAGUUUUCUUUUUAGUUUUUGGAGAAUGCCCUCUUGUUAAGAAGAUAUACUCGGUUACAUUAUUUGUCAAUACUACUAGUUUUGCAUUAUUUGUUAGUAGUAAUACUACUAAUCCUUGUACGCAUAUAGUUUAUAUAUAGUUAUUGAAGUUAAAAAGUAUUUUAUUACCCAGGCAGUAAAAAUUCAUUAAUAACAUACUGGAGAUUUUAGAUCCGCUCCUUGAGAGUUUGAUGA